UCGGCCGGAAGCUGGACCUGUGGGUGGCUGUGGAAGCUGGAGUGGGCGUCGCGGAGGCUCGCGCGCCUGUAGCAGCGGUCGGCGCGGCUGACUGCCCACCUCCUCCUAACCCUGCGCCCCGUCGCCAUGAAGGAUUCUCUGGUGCUGCUGAGCCGUGUCUCGGCGCACCCGGACUCCCGCUGCUGGUUCCUGGCCUGGAACCCUGCGGGGACUCUGCUGGCCUCGUGCGGUGGCGACCGUAGAAUCCGCAUCUGGGGCACCGAAGGUGACAGCUGGAUCUGCAAGUCUGUCCUUUCUGAAGGCCACCAGCGCACCGUGCGGAAGGUGGCCUGGUCUCCCUGUGGGAACUACCUGGCCUCUGCCAGCUUUGAUGCUACCACCUGCAUUUGGAAGAAGAACCAGGAUGACUUUGAGUGUGUAACCACGCUUGAGGGCCAUGAAAACGAGGUCAAGUCAGUGGCUUGGGCCCCGUCUGGCAACCUGCUGGCCACCUGCAGCCGAGACAAGAGUGUGUGGGUCUGGGAAGUGGACGAAGAGGAUGAGUAUGAAUGUGUCAGUGUCCUCAACUCCCAUACACAGGACGUCAAGCACGUGGUUUGGCACCCGAGUCAGGAGCUGUUAGCCUCUGCCAGCUACGACGACACAGUGAAGCUCUAUCGGGAGGAAGAGGAUGACUGGGUGUGCUGUGCCACCCUGGAGGGCCAUGAGUCUACCGUGUGGAGCUUGGCCUUUGACCCCAGCGGCCAGCGCCUGGCAUCCUGCAGUGAUGACCGAACCGUGCGAAUCUGGCGCCAGUAUCUGCCAGGCAACGAGCAAGGGCUGGUGUGCAGCGGCUCUGCCCCCAGCUGGAAGUGUGUCUGCACUUUGUCUGGCUUCCACUCCAGGGCCAUUUACGACAUUGCCUGGUGUCAGCUGACCGGGGCCCUGGCUACAGCUUGUGGGGACGAUGCCAUCCGGGUAUUUGAGGAGGAUCCCAGCUCGGACCCACAGCAGCCCACCUUCUCCCUGACGGCCCAUUUGCGCCAGGCCCAUUCCCAGGAUGUCAACUGCGUGGCCUGGAACCCCAAGGAGCGGGGGCUGCUGGCCUCCUGCAGUGAUGAUGGGGAGGUGGCCUUCUGGAAGUACCAGCAACCUGAAGGCCUCUGAGCUGCCUGGACUUCGGCGUCACGGUCCCUGAGAAAGUGUGAUGAGACUUUGCCAGUCCCAGGAGGGCCUGGAGGAGCAUCCUGGACCGUGAUUCAAUUUGGCUGGCUUCUCUGCAGACUCCAGAAGAGGCCUGGAGCCGCACAGUGGCUGGCUUUUCCCCGCCUUUGACACGAGGCCCUCAGUAAAGAGCUACAGAAUACCAGUCCAUUUUUGUUAUCCCACAGAGUUUGCUUGCUUUGGGAUACAAUGUUAAAUUUGGGUGGGUGGGGAGUAUACUAUUUGUGUGUGUGUGUGUGUGUGUAUACAAGGGUAUGUCAGAAAGUUCCCAGAGAUUGUAUAUUGUGAAAAGAUCAUUGGUUUCAAAAAAAAAUUUUUGCACCAAAAUAAACA